AUGGGCCCGCGCGCCCUUGUCCUCGCGCUGCUGCCGACGGCGGUGGCGGCGAACAAGGGCAACGAGGUCAUAAAAUUCGUCGUAAUUGGCGCCGCGGUCCUCAUAUUUUUUGGCUUGAUCAUCUACAGACAGUACAAGUACGCGACGUGGAGCGCGAAGCGCUCCACGACCGUCACGGCGCCGGCCGGGAAGGCGGGACUGCUCUUCGACGCGACCACGGCGCCGCCGACGGUCACGGGCCUCGCCGCGCUGUCGCCGCUGCGUGGCGAGGUGCAGGUGGGCUGGAAGCUCGCGAAGGUCGACGACGUCGACGUGUCGGAGAUGACCGGCGCGGCCGCGACGCGGCUUCUCGAGGAGCGCGCCGCACACGCGCGCCGCCUCGAAUUCGACCGCACCCUAGCACCACUCCCGAACUACAAUCAUGGGGGUUGA